AUGCCUCCGCUUAGUAAAAUUUGGUCUCAUUUUACAAAGCUUGGUCAUGAGGCCACUUAUAAACAAGAAAGAGCUCAAUGUAAUUAUUGUUCACAUAAAUUGCUUGCUGCUGCAAAUUGUUGUUCACAACACCUUAGAAAUGUACCAAAUCAAUCUGAGAAUUCUACUUCCUCUUCUUCCUCUACUUCUUUAUCUCAAUCAACUCAUUUAGUUAACAUCUCAAUUAUUAAUUUUAUUGAUAGAAUUUCUUUUGCAGAGCAACAAGAAUUUGAAAUUUUAUUUGCAACUGCUAUUUUUUUGUUGCGGACUUCAUUUUUCAUUUUCUGA